GGAAAACGACAGUUAUCUUUCUAAUACUUUCAAACUACGUGCAUUAUCAUUAGUAUCAAAUAUUUAUUUUUUCGAAAAAAUAACAAAAUUAGUAUGAAUGGAAUACAGAGCGAAAAUAAAAAAGGAAUUGUUUAUAUUGGUCAUUUGCCUUAUGGAUUUUUUGAAAAUGAAGUGAAUAAAUAUUUUGAUCAAUUUGGAAAAGUUACUAAAGUUAAAUUGUCUAGGAGCAAGAAAACAGGAAGAACAAAGGGUUAUGGAUUUAUAGAAUUUGAUGAUGAAAAUGUUGCAAAGAUUGCAGCAGAAACAAUGAAUAACUAUUUGAUGUUUGACAAGAUACUCAAAUGUGAAUUUAGACCAAAUAAUGAAAUGCAUCCCAAAUUGUUCAAAGGUGCCUCCAAAUUAUUUAAACCAUUUAAAACACCUUUUAAAUCUAAAAAUCAAUAUAAUGCUUCUAAACCACUCAAAACUUUGGAACGUAGUUUUAAAAAAAGCUUCAAAACGCAUAAUAAAAAGAUGGAAAUUUUGAAAAAGAUUGGAAUUAAUUAUGAUUUUGAAAUGAUUGUACCCAAGUUGAAAACAAAACUCAGCAAAAAAACAAUUGCCACUAGGGAAAAAAGUUCAAAAGUUUUGAAAACUAAACAGAAGAAAAUUAGGAAAAUUAAUCAAAAAUCAUUGAAUUUUAAUUAAUAUUAUCUACUAUUAUACUAUAAUGUAUAUAUUCGAUUUUUAUAUUAUGUAAUUAUAAUAAAA